AUGAAGUUCAACGUUCUAUCCGCCAUCUUCAUCUUAGCUGGCAUCACCUCGGCCAACACCACCUGCCAGUGCAACAGUAUCGACCCAUCCCAAUACAGCAUUGAAGGCGGCACAAGAGUCACUUGCCACGGCACAAUCACUGUCAACCACCAAAAGCUUACCGGUCGCAUGAUCCUCGAAGACCGCUGCCUACUGAACACGGACGGCCUGAAUCUCUCCUUGGAUAAGAUCCAGAAGCAGUUUUCUCAGGAUUGCGCCAGGAUCAAUAUCGCGGAUGUGACUCCUUGGCCAAAUGCUACAUGCCAGGUCGCUCUAGAUUAA